AUGGAAUCAUCACUUUCCAACAGAGGGAAUAAAAACUUGACGGAUGUUCUUUCACGGUUUCCGCCCUACCUUCUUAACCCCAACUUCACAUGGCACGGAAUCGACUUGACCUUAGCGGAAAACCAUGUAAUCAGAAGCGAGAUCCUCUCUAUCUUAAAGACCUGCAUUGGCGAAGGGCUAAGCUCGCAGCAUCUCGACUGGCCCAAAGGCCUCUGCGGCUACCCACCAUUACUGGAUGCGCUUGCGACGACAUUCAACUGCUACUUCGAGCCAUACAUGCCGAUUGAGUCUGACCAUCUAGCAGUAACCCCCGGCACAUCCGCUGGACUUGACAUCCUACUCUACCAUUUAUGCGAUCCGGAGGAUGGCGUCCUAGUACCAUGUCCGUACUGGAGUGGCUACGACACUUUCUUCGCCGUUCGAUCUCAAGUCCAAAUCAUCGGUGUCGAGGUUCCCGAACUAGAGGAUUCAUUCCACGACAUCGCACUGAUCUCUGCUCUCGAAAAGCACUACAAGGAAGCUAAAUGUCCUAUCAAAGCCAUCGUUCUCUCCCAUCCACACAAUCCCCUUGGCCGACCAUACCCUCCCCACGUCCUAAAGCAAUGCAUGACAUUCUGUCGAGACCAUAACCUCCACCUCAUCUCCGACGAGGUAUUCGCCCUCAGCACAUUCACCAGCCCCGAUCUCCAGAACUGGGCUGCAUUCAAAUCCGUCCUAAGUAUCGACCCCUCAACUGUCGGUCUUGACCCUGCACGCGUGCAUGUUCUCUGGAGUAUGAGCAAGGAUCUAGCGGCUAGUGGGAUUCGUCUGGGAUGCAUAGCAACCCGAAACAAUCCCCUCCGACGCACCGUUGGCCUAGCCGGGGCUAUCCAAGUGUCAGCCCUCUCCACAAUCGGAGCAAUAGCCAUUCUGACAUCUUCCCGUCUCCCGGACAUACUAAAGCAGAACUGCAUGGGUCUCACGGUGGCAUAUUGUACCGUGACAGAAGCGUUUCGCCGUAUUGGUAUUACAUACGUUCCAGGGACCGCGGCAGUGUUCCUGAUGGCUCGAUUGGCUCCGCGAGCUCAGACGCGGGAGGAUGAGCUAGCUGCAUGUGGGAAAUAUCGUCAGGCUGGGGUUGCGGUCGUGCCGGGGUCAGCGUACCAUAUGCCGGGGAAUUAUCAACAUGGGUGGAUGAGAGUCACGUUUGGGGUGGCGCCAGAGACGUUGGCUGAGGGGAUUAGAAGGAUUGAAGGGGUGUUUGGGGAGUUGAGGUAG